GUAUGCACAUGAUACUUUUAAAUAGUUCUUAGUAAUUGUUUUAAUUUUACGAUAUUUUAAGUACCUAUAAACGUAUAAAGUCUGGUUUAUUGCAAUAUUUUGCUGUACAUACAAAUAAGUAAAAUUUGUUAAAAUAUUAUCUGACCGAUAUGCAUUAUGGGUCACGUGGUGGCGGAUGACAAAUGCAUUGUAAAGAUGGCGACGUCUUGUUCAAUGGGACGUAUUUUGAGUCUUUGCAAGCAGUUGCAGGAUGUUUGUCGAAUAUCUUCGCAGAUAAAUAUUCAACGAGCUGCUAGUUUUACAAACCUCAACCCUUACAUUUCCAGGGAAAAGUUACAUGUUCCCCAGUGCUGGUUCACUCGCAGCAUUCCUCUGGUUCAAUGUCGCAGCUUGCACACAAGCAUCCACAGAAGGGGGCUGGAUGAGUUCUUUGAUCUUCCUGAGAACUGGGGAGAAAGCAAAGUGAAAUCAGGUGCACCAUGGACUGCCAAACAACUGAGAACAAAGAGCAAUGAGGAUUUGCACAAACUCUGGUAUGUGCUGUUGAAAGAAAAGAACAUGCUGCUCACCCUGGAGCAGGAAGCGAAAAGACAAAGAGUUCAAAUGCCAAGUCCAGAGAGAAUACGGAAGGUGCAGCGAUCCAUGAUCAGGCUGGAGACAGUGGUGAGUGAGAGAGAGACUUCAUUGCGUCUACUCCAAACAGGCCAGGAAAAGGGCAGGCCAGGGGCCUGGAGGAGGAACGUGUUUGGAUAUAUCUAUUGGUAUCGAUUCAAAGAGUAUGCCAUUCCUUGGUAUAUGAAUAAAAGAUACAAACGUAAGAGGUUUUACACACCCAAGUUUGUUGAACCACACAUCAGGUUACGUAUUGAGAAGUUCAUGCGGGCGAAGAACAGGAAAGAAAACCUGGAAAAGAAAAAGCUGGCCAAACUUCAAGAAAUGUUCCCCCAGAUGAAGGUUCCAGCAUCAUGAAAACCAUGUUAUGUGUACUGUACAAGUCAGUGUCACCACACCUCAUUGAUGAUGGACUUUCAAUUGAGUAAACUGAAGUAACUUUUGUGAUUAUGUACCAUAAACUAUUACCUAACAAUGUUGAAUGAGUUUUUAUGGGUUUCUAAGCGUGACCAUAAGGUGAAUGCAGUGAAAAAUGUACAAUGAAAAUUUUCAGUUGAAACUCCCAGAGGCAACAAGGCCUAUGUCAAUGAUGUGUUGGUACACCGUUUAUGUACCACAGCGUAUCACUUCAACAAAAGCAGUGCUUCUCAAUUAUUUCCUGUUAACCCCCCUUAGUAAGAAGAAAACAAUUUGUGCCCCCCACAUGACUAUAGAUAUCAUUUGUCUAUAAAAUUCUUAUAAAUACAGCUCUGCAUAACAUUGUAUCCUUAUUAACAAACGAAAAAAUAAAUUGGAAAAAUAUAGUUCAACUUACAAAAAUAACUAUUAACAUUGGGUGACUUUCUUUUGUCUCAUUGUCUUCAUCUCUCUGCCUUUCUUUUCAUCCCUGUUAAAAA